AUGAACGAAGAAAACCCUGACAAACCUGGAAUGGAAAGCAAUGACGAACUCUUCAUCGACAACGGCAGCGACGAAGAGUACGAACUUAUCGAGAAAGAUUCCGAGAUUGACGUCGACGAAGUGCUGCCAAAAACUCCUCCAAACACUCCACGACCGAGUCAAGAACGUCAUGCAGAAAACCAAUUCUUCCCAGAACCAAGGCCGAGCAGCAGCAGCUCGCCAUCGUCUAUCAGGGUUAAUAUCGGUUCAGACAUCGAGGGCCGCGAGGUCGAAAUCCUCGAUGAGUUCGAGUCCCUCGAGGACCCUCCGAUUAUUAAUGAUGAACUGGCAAACAAUGACGAAUGGGAUUUUGAGCCUGGUGCUGAAACUAAUGAUGUAAGUGAACCUUUGCUUAAAAGGACCAGAAAGGUCGAAUUCGCCGACCAAUCCACGAUAAGAAAAUUGGAGCACCACCUUGGCUCAGGACCACGCCACAAAUAUCAGCGAAACGAGCUGUUAAAACUUAACAAUCCUAACAAGAAAGCACGCUUCAACUGCUGCGGUCAACAUUUCCACGGACCUGACCGAAGCCAUAGCCCUUUCCCGAAAUUAAAAAAAAACAUCCGAAAAAAAGCUCCUCCCAGUAGAAACUUCAACGAAAAACGAGCAUUCUGGAGACGCCAAGAAAAACUUCCUGCCCAUAAGCGACUUCCCAAAAUUGGCAGUGAACUUGAUCUGACCCACCGCUACACAAUCGUCAAGCCUGAAAACCGAAGUUACUUGCGUAACGCCCUCAAAGGCGGACUUUGGCAUCACAUCGAGGACGCUUUAGCGAAAAUUGAUGACGAAUGUGAAUCCCUUACUACAAAUCUCGUCAAGGAACUCAACAACUAUGUAAAGAACUCGAUGAACAAGGGUACUAUUCCUCGUCAAAUAAUCGGAUACAAUCUCAACAUGUUCCCGAGAUACCACAGAGCGUCAGUCAGCGCUGUUCUCCUCGCUUCACCAGGCGACUUGUUACACUAUUUCAACUACCCGUCGAUUUCGUACCAAAUGAACAAAACAGUCAACGCAUCUGAAAUUUGGAACCGAAUCCCUUCAAAGAACAAAAUCGUCGUGUAUCGAAUGGCCCUCGAGGCCGGUGCUUGCUUAAUUGAACGACAAACUGACCGACAACGAUAA